AUGGAUGAAAUACUGGACAAACGCAUCCGGCGGAAGAAAGUUGAGUGCCUCGUCCGCCGGCUUGGAUGGGGACCGCAAGACGCCCCUAGCGAGGGUGGUACUAGCUUUUCCCGCGCGGGAAGCCGUGCCGCAUCAGGGGCUCCAUUCCUGCCCUGCACAACCAAUGCAAGAUCAAGAAUUUCUUUCGCCGCUUCUUUGGAUGGCACUUCAGGCGCGACUAUGAUGACCCAGCCCUUCAACACCUUGUAUUUGACUUUGAAGGAAAUGGCAUGGACUUAUAUAGGUCCUCGGAGGAGUCCUUAUGCAAAUAUGUUGGAAACGCAGAAGUCGCUCAUGUACUAUACAUGCACCUCCGCCAUAGCUACUUCCACUUCGUAUGCUACUUCCCCAUCCACUGUCUGUCUCCAGCCCCCUCACUCAUCCAGCCCAUCACAGGUGCCUCUUGUGCUGUCGAAAUCCCCGACAACCACUCCCAACCAUCGCGCAACAUCACCUGAACCUGUCCCCAUUUCUCACUUUGACACGACCUCCGUCACCCAAUCGCUCCCAUCAACCGUUCGACUGCGAAAGAAAAAUCUCCGCGUGCUGGUGAAUGACCCUUCUCUCCCAGGCUGCUGUGCUGGCAGACACUGA